GCGAAAGCUUCGACCGCAAUCAGGGAGUGGAAUGAUGAAGUUCUUCACACUGCACCUAAUAGCUUUCUGUAUUUGCAGCUUCGCUGCCGUUGAACGUUCUUCGUGUACUUCCACAGAAGAGGAAGAUGAGGUCCCUACCUUGGCAGAUCUCAUGAAGAUGGUGAGCACUCGAGAAAAGAUCUGGAUGACGAUGCGCACUUACGAUAAUCCACGGCGGGACUGCAUCUACUGGUUAAACAACGGGCUCAAUACCACCGACUAUGACUUUUUUUACUGGGAGCGAAGGCUACCGCGACCAAGUAGUUGGAACAGUGGAGUAGCAGGGAAGACACACAAACAUGCGAAGAUAGGAUACUUAGAUGAGGUUCCUUUUCCAGCGAUGGUAAUCAGAGCCCACUAUGAGAAAGAGGAACACGCGAGAGUUUACCUGCUGUUGUACUGGUUAGAGUCUGAGAAAUGCUUCAUAUUACUGCACCCAGAUGGCGAAUGUGAACAAUACACCUGGGAGUCAAUGACAUCGGGCAGGCACGAGUGUAACAAAGUUUUUUAUGACACAUGUGGUGCUUGGCACUACCCGGUUUUCAAGCCAAGCUGCCUUGAUCCAAAAGCACUCUGUAUUAAGUUCAAUAGCCUGUGCUGAUGCAGGCCCGUGAGAGGAAAUAAAUUUGGAGCUUUGAUA